AUGCAAGCUCUACGACUAUGUUACGGCAGGCGGUUACAUGAGUCACCCCGCUCCAAUCGUGUGCAGGCUUGGCUGAUUGUCUUGGGCGGGGCGGGCGGGGCUAUCUUGGCCUACCCGUGCCCCAAAAGGUGGACGAACUCUUUCGGGGACACCGUGAUCAUCGUGGCCACGGCGGCGGGUUUCCUUGAGGCCUGCUGCCUUUUGUAUCGCGGCGGCAGGGGCGGCGGCGGUGCCGCCGCCGCCGGUGCCGUCACUCUCCAGGUCCUGCAAGGAGUUCACUUGCUCUCCUCCGGGCGAGCUGAAGGGUACGGGUGGAGCGCAUUGCUCGGGGACGGGAGGCGGUGCGGCAUGGGGUUUUUAGUCCUCUUGCCAAUGAGGUCGGCGCUGAAGCUCGUGUCUAGAGGGGCGCUAUCAGCUGUGCUCGCCCGCAGCCCCAGCUGGCCCAAGGGGGAGACCCCGCGGAGGAAUUUGGUGGACAUCCCUUCCAAGGUGGUGGUGUACGGCUGCAUGGGAUUCAGUUCCUGCUACUUCGUGCCGAGGCUCUGGCUCUAUUUUGGGCUUGAGAAGGAGUAGACUAGGAGGCAUCGUUGUGAAUCGCCCAGUAAAAUCGUUGGGACGACUAUUGUAGCGAACAGAGGAUCGACCGCCGUGGUCAAAUUGUCACGUUUCAAUCAAGAUGUAUUUUUUGUUCAAACGCGCGUGCGCGCGUGUGUCGUUCCUCAUUGUUACCUUCGACCGCGCUUACCGGCCGAACGUACGAGGUUGUGUGCCUGUUUUGUGUCUGUGGGAGCAUGAGGUUUGGUUCAUUGAUUUGACUUGAGCUGCCGAGGUUCCAUCUCAUAUUCCGCUGUAUGUUGCGUUGUUAGGGUUUCAUUUUCUUUGC